GUCAUCCCAUUCAUGAGAGCAGUAGAUUUAACGGGAUUGUUUUUUUCCUACCAGGACGUACAGUGGAAUAGAGGCGGGGGAAAUGAAAUUUGUCACCGUGGGAUUCUGCAAACGACGAGGGACGGCAGUUUUAUGGUUCCAGCCGUAGGCAACAGGUACCGGAGAAACUGGGAGAGUGUGGCAGGCGGCUCGUGAACACACCACCCAGCCAGCGCUCUUCUCUGUGCACGACCGGGCGGACAUGAUGUUUUCACAAGGGCACGUCGUCAGUGUGGCGGACACUUGUACGGCGUGUUGGUAGCGGGUUCUACGUGUUAUGACGGCGCCGCGCCCGGCUAGGACGGCCACCAUGCAGCGCUCCAACACCGCGAUGAGGAAGAACCACCGGCGGGCCAACCAGAGAGGCGCCGCUUACAUCUUCAACGACAAGUGCCCCAUCCUGACGCCCGAAGAGGAGCGGUUCCUGACCGCAGCCGAGUACGGCGACAUCCCGACCGUACGGAAGCUACUGGAGGAGUCGACAACACUGAACGUGAACUGCGUGGAUUACAUGGGUCAAACCGCUUUGCAACUAGCGGUGGGCAAUGAACACCUCGAGGUGACAGAGUUACUCCUCUUGCAGCCCAACAUCCAGAGAAUAGGAGACGCAUUGCUCCUGGCCAUCAGUAAGGGAUACGUCAGGAUAACAGAAACGUUGCUCAAUCACCCGGCCUUCAGCGAAAAGCACAAACGUUUUGGCGGCCUGCUGAACACCAGCCCCACGACGGAACAGUUGGAGGGCGACAUCGCCGAGUUUUACCGGAUGGACCAGGACGGGACGCGCUUCUCUCCCGAUAUCACCCCGAUCAUACUCGCGGCUCACUGCAAUGAGUAUGAAAUCGUACAGAUGCUGCUCAUGCGGGGAGCCAAGAUCGAGAGACCGCACAACUACUUCUGCCGGUGCGAGGAGUGUAUCAGGAAACAGCGCUCCGACUCCUUCAGCCACUCUCGGUCGCGAAUAAACGCGUACAAGGGCCUGGCCAGCCCUGCUUACCUCGCCCUGUCCAACUCGGACCCCGUCAUGGUAGCCCUGGACCUCUGUAACGAACUAGCCGGCCUCGCCAACAUCGAGAAGGAAUUCAAAUGUGAAUACAAACAGUUGAACAAACAGUGUAAGGACUUCGUGGUGGGUAUCCUGGACCUGUGCCACAACACGCAGGAGGUGCAGGCCAUUCUCAAUACCAGCCCGGACGACGAGGAGGAACGGGAGACGACGUCAGCAAGACCCGGCCUCAGCAGGUUAAAAAUCGCAAUCAAGUACAAAGUCAAAAAGUUUGUAGCUCACCCCAACUGCCAGCAGCAGCUGGUGAACAUUUGGUACGAGGGUGUCGAAGGGCUCCGACAGAAGCCUACCAGCAUCAAGUGCCUUCUCGUGCUCAGUGUCGCCGCCUUCCUCCCGUUCCUGGCGGUCGCCUACUGGAUCGCGCCCUGCUCAAGGGCCGGUAGAGUCCUCCGGAGCCCGUUCAUGAAGUUCCUGGCACAUGCGUCCUCCUUUGCAAUCUUCCUGGUCCUGCUGGUCCUGAACUCCGCCGAGCGGUUCGAGGGCUUCUCAACCGGAAACGUCAACACGACACAUCCGCCCUCCAUCGCAGGCAGGGACCGCGUGGGACGAUGGGAGCCCAUAGAGCUGCUAGUUAUUCUCUGGGUAUUGGGGAUGAUCUGGGCCGAAGUGAAGGAGCUGUGGGGCAGCGGCCUGAAGGACUACACGUCCCAGAUGUGGAACCUGCUGGACUUCUCCAUGCUGUCCACCUUCCUCGCGUCCUUCGCAACCCGCUUCGUGGCCUGGUACAAGGUGUACGAGGCCACCACCUACAUGAACGCUCAUCCAGGGAACUACUCAGGCACGCAGUGGGAGUACUACACCAGGGAGAGAUCAGACCGGAAGUACUGGGUAGCCUCUGACCCGGAACUGAUCUCCGAGGGCCUGUUUGCUGUAGGGAUUGUGCUGAGCUUCUCCCGCAUCGCGUACAUCCUGCCCGCCAAUGAGAGCAUCGGGCCCCUGCAGAUAUCCCUGGGCAAAACCAUCCUGGACAUCCUCAAGUUCAUGGUCAUUUUCUUCCUGGUGUUCACCGCGUUCAUGCUGGCCAUGUUCCAGCUGUACUCGUACUACAGAGGGGCCAAGGACCACGCUGCGUUUGUCACUUUGGAGGAGACGUUCAAAGCUCUGUUCUGGUCAAUGUUCGGGCUAUCUGAGGUGAAAGGUGUCCAUCUAAGAUAUGACCAUAAGUUCAUUGAGAACGUUGGGUACAUCCUGUUCGGAGCCUAUAACGUCAUCACGGUGGUGGUGCUGAUCAACAUGCUGAUCGCCAUGAUCAGCAACUCUUACCAGGAGAUCGAGGACGACUCUGACGUAGAGUGGAAGUUCGCGCGGACCAAGCUGUGGCUGUCGUACUUCGAGGAGGGCAUGACCAUGCCGGCUCCCUUCAACCUCAUGCCGAGUCCCAAGACGUUCUUCUACAUCAUCGUCGGCGUCAAGAACCUCCUCUGCGACCUGUGCAGCUGCCAGAGGAAGAAGAAGAAGAUGAUGAGAAGAUACGACACCGAGUCACGGAUGACCCGACGGUCCAACGGUGCCACGGGAUCUCUCGGAAGUCUUGACAACAGUUUCCCCAUGAUGAACUGCAUUCGGUCAAUAGACGCGCCUUCAGAAUACCAGUGCAUCAUGAAGAGACUGGUCAAGCGGUAUAUCCUCACUGCACAGCGGGCACAGGAGGAGGGCGAAAUCAACGAGGGCGAGCUCGAAGAAAUCAAGCAAGACAUUUCAAGCCUUAGAUACGAGCUGCUGGAGGGCAAGGAGGACACAAACCGCCAGAUCUGGUUGAUUGGAAAGAAGAUAGACCACUAUCUAGGGGUCCCAUCCCCCACCGAACAGUCUGUACACAUGGGGAGUGUGGCUGGUACAACCUUCCACUCCGACCGGGACUACUAACUGCCUUGGUAACGAUAGACGCCCGGAGCGAGGAAUGGCGACGCGUUUGUUUCUGGAUUAGAAAUUAGAAAAGUCUUUUCACCUCAGAUAGCCAUUCAUGGA